AUGGAUGAUAAACAGGUCCCCAGUUUGGCACAGAUACAUGUUGCAGCUAGUCAUCUGCGUUCCGUUUCGGUGCCUGUUACACCGGUGUUAACCAAUGCACUUUUGAAUAAAUUAACUGGACGAAAUAUAUUUUUGAAAUGCGAGAAUUUACAAAUCACCGGCUCCACUAAACUUCGCGGUGCACUGAAUGCCGUUCUCAAUGCCAUGAAAAUUGAACCUA